AUGAGUGUUCAAAAACCUGCUGAAGAAGCUGAGGAAAAAGCUGCCAAAGAAGCUACAAAAAAAGCUGCCGAGAAAGCUGCAGAGGAAGCUACCAAAAAAGCUGCAGAGGAAGCCACCAAAAAAGCUGUCGAGGAAGCCGCCAAAAAGAUCACCAGGAAAGCUACCAAGAAAACCACCAAGAAAACCAUCACUAAAAAAGCUAGCAAAAACGAUAUCAAAAAAGUUAGCAAAAACAAUACCAAAAAAGUCAGCAAGAGAGGUACCAAGAAAGCUGUUGAAAAAGCCAACAAGAAAGUUACUAAAAAAAACACCAAGAAAAAAAAACCACCAGAAAUAUACUAUCUUUCUACUUUAAAAAAAGAAAUGAACAUGCGAUACCUACUAAUGGCAUAUAGCACGUCACAUCCUCCCGAUCCCGAAUUAUGCGAUUAUUGUAAACUUCCAUUUAAUAAUAAUGGGAUUUUUGAAAAUGUCAAUUCAUUCCUAAAACAUAUAGAAAAAGGCGCAGAUAUACUUACAAAGGAGGAUCUUGAUGAUGACGACGAAGAUAAUGUAGAAGAAGAUACAGAAGAAAGAUCCGAA